GGUGCAGAAGAAUAUUCAAACUCAUUAAAAAAAAUUAUCAUUUUUAUGCAUUCAUAUAUUGAAGCCAAAAUCGAAGAAAUCAAAAAUAAAAGAGAAUAUUCGCGAAUCAAAUUGCAUGUAGAAACAUUCAAGAGAAAAGAAGAAUAUCUUACGACACUGAUUGGAAAAGCCGAAUUAAAUGAUGAUGAUUACAAUCAUAUUGCAUUUUUAUUAUUUGAGUACCUUAUCAAUUUAAAGUGUUGGAUUGCGAUAUACAUGGAAAAUUAUCGUUGUGCCUUUGAAUAUUGGUCUCUUUCAGAAUCUAAACUGGAGCUUUCAGUUAUUAAAAAUUCCAGUGAACACGAGCAAGAUAUGAUCAAAAUGGAGCAAGAAGAAAUGAGCGCUCACCAGCGAUUUGUUAAUCGUACCGACUUUAAUCUCACAAUUAAAAUUGAUGAUGAAAACUGCAUAGAGGAAUUUAAACGUAAUAGAUCUGUUACAUUUGAAAUUCCACUGAAUCAUCCCAAAUUAUUAACAAUUGAUAAUGCUCGACUUUAUGAGUUUAAAGUAUUUUUGAAAGGAGUAGGCUUUGAAGAUGAUGAAGUCACACUCUCUAUUAAGAGCUCAAACGAGUUUUCCGAUAAAUAUAAGGGAAUAAAUUAUCAUUUUAAAACUGUGGCCAGAAUAAAUAAUGUAUUUUCGUAUAAAGUAAGGGAAGGAAAAGAAUCGGGCGACGUAUUAGCUAGUUUUAAGUAUAAUGAAGAAGAUAUUUUUUUUAAACCAACCCCUUUUAGUAAAUGGAGAAUUGAGCUUAAAAACAAAGAUCUAAAUUUAUCUGAGCUCAGUUCAUUUAAAUUAGUAAUGAUAGGACGUGGUUAUAUUAGUGUAAGUUUAAUUAUCUUAAUUCUUGAAAUAGUUGUUCCUGUAUAUGUUUUAUGA